CCGACGGCGGCGGGGGGGGGGGUAAACCCUGGUUAAAAUAGGCAUUUGUGGCCGCGCCACAAAGGCCAGGCCGGAGCGUCUCUUGGUUUCGCGACGAGCGGCGGACCGGCGUCCAGAUCCCGGCCGAGGGAGCGAUGUGUCCGCGUAGGUUAACCGCGACAGAUGGAUGGAGACAGCACAACAACCGACGCCUCCCAGCUAGGCAUCACAGGAGAGUACAUGGCCUCUAGUCACUAUGUGCUCCAGUCUCAGGAUGAUGAUGGAGAAGAGAGUCUGAAUGAUCAUGAAGACGGUGGCAUCAAAGAGAACUUCAGGGAACAGGACAUCUAUCUUCCUAUUGCCAAUGUGGCUCGAAUCAUGAAGAGUGCUGUACCACAGACUGGGAAGAUAGCAAAAGAUGCCAAGGAGUGUGUGCAGGAGUGUGUGAGCGAGUUCAUUAGCUUCAUCACGUCGGAGGCGAGCGAGCGCUGUCACCAGGAGAAGAGGAAGACCAUUAAUGGAGAGGACAUCCUGUUUGCCAUGUCUACGCUGGGCUUCGACAUGUACGUGGAGCCCCUCAAGCUCUACCUGCAGAAGUUCCGAGAGGCAAUGAAGGGAGAGAAGGGAAUGCCUGGUGUGUCCGUGGGAGAGAGCCUGGGAGAGGAGCUCGCAGAUGACACCUUCACAAAUCCCCUGCCUGCAGGAAUCAUCACAGCUGAUGGCCAGCAACAGAACGUCAUGGUGUACACCACCUCAUAUCAACAGAUUCCCGCCGUGCAACAGAUCCAGUUCUCAUGACGAGGCCUCUCCCACACGGAUGGCAGCACCGCAUUGCACCUUCACCAGCGGCCCAGUGGUCACAGGACGACCUCUGACCCCGCCACAGGGGGAAAAAAAGGUUUUCGGACAGACUGGAGGGAGGUGGGUGGGGUGGGGGGGAGGGUAGUGACUACAGAAUCCCUCAUGUACAGUGAAAUCACCACCUGUUCAUUAGAAAGUGUAGUUUGUAGUUGUGAGGUACCAGAUGGUUUGGAGAAACGAGGUUUUUAUGUUGAAGGCUAGUGUUAUUUACAUAAAGUAGUGGUCUGGUUUUUGCUUUUUGUUUUGUUCCGUUUCUUUUUGAUUUCAUGCAUUUUCUUUUUCUUUUUUUUGGGGUGGGGUGGGGUGGAGCAGUAUAUUCGAAAUAGGUUUUCGGAACGGCUUCUCCGUUAGAACGAUGAGGAGAGGCGUUGUUACUGUCACACCGGCUCAUGCAGCUCUUUUGUAAAAGUUGAUACAAUUUACCAUUUGCU